CCCUAGUAGUCCCUCUCUCUUUCCUUUUCCUAUUGAAAUAGCAGCCAUGAGCAUGCUCAGGCUCCAAAAGAGGCUAGCCUCCAGCGUUUUACGCUGUGGCAAAAAGAAGGUUUGGCUUGACCCAAACGAGACCAAUGAGAUUGCCAAUGCCAACUCCCGCCAGCAGAUCCGUAAACUGGUGAAGGAUGGUCUCAUCAUCCGUAAACCCGUCACGGUGCAUUCCCGUGCACGCUGCCGCAAGAACACGCUGGCACGUCGCAAAGGAAGGCACAUGGGUGUUGGUAAGAGGAAGGGUACAGCCAACGCGCGUAUGCCGGAGAAGUUGUCCUGGAUGCGUCGCAUGAGAAUCCUGCGGCGUCUGCUGCGGCGUUACAGGGAGUCCAAGAAGAUCGACAGGCACAUGUACCACAGCCUCUACCUGAGAGCCAAGGGUAACGUGUUCAAGAACAAGCGCAUCCUCAUGGAGCACAUCCACAAGCUGAAGGCCGACAAGGCCCGCAAGAAGCUCCUGUCCGACCAGGCCGAGGCCCGCCGCUCCAAGACGAAGGAGGCCCGCAAGCGCAGAGAGGAGCGUCUCCUGGCCAAGAAGGAGGAGUUCAUCAAGACCCUCGCAGAGGAGGAGUCCACCAAGAAGUGAACAGCCUCACCUCCCAGCCCCUCAGUCAAGUGCUUACAAUAAAGUUGUACAGAAAACACA